AUGUGUGAGCUGUGAUUGGUCACAGCUUGUCACAUGGUACAAUUUGUUGUGAACAGCCUUGUACCAUGUGAUCUCUGUGAUCAUUCACAGAUUUCACACGCAGUAAGCAAUGAUGUCAGAAGUGACAUCUUGCUUACACCUAUUCAUAGGUCCCGUACAGCGGGCACCAGAUCGCAGUGCUGUGUGCACCCAGGGAGCGUGCACAGUCCGAAAUGGCAAGCGCUGUUUAUG